AUGGUCGGUUCUCUAUUAGAUCCUAUUAGGAGUGCCUUCAGUGUCGACAUUUGGUUCUCUAGUAGGGAAGCAGGUAAAAUGGCUAUGCCUCGAAGAAUUACACCAAGCCCAAGUUCGUCUCAGAGCAAGGGUAUUUACAAGUUGAAGGAUUAUUUUGAGAUGGAUGCUGUCGUGCCAUUUGAAGAUAUAGGCCAACCUCAUGACGGAGUACCUAUGAUAUGCGAUGAUUUCAAGAUGAGUUCAGAGAUGAAGAUGUCAACCAACCAGUCACAGCAUGAGGCUCCAAAGGUUGCCAGUGGGGAGAUGGUCAUGAUACCAGUGUCUGUAGACAGUUCCAAUAGAAUAUCUUAUGGUAUACAGUCAUUAGAUGAUGAAGGUUAUAAUGGGAUGCCUUCUACAGAUAACGACCACGCAGGGAUGUCUCUGGCUUUGCCUCCUCAUGGAUUCAGGCUGACAGAAAGGAUAAAAGAUAGCACUAGAUACGUAAAACAUGUUUUUACGGAUUUGGCUGCUUAUAAUGAAUGUGUUGCCUACAAUCAUGGACUUGGGGAGGACAAUGGUGAAAACAUUGCAGUAAUAACUGAUGAGAGCCUUUAUAAAUGUCUUGAAGCAGAAGAGGGUUUUAAGGAGCCUGAUACAAUACUAGGCAGUGGUUCAUUUGGAACUUGUACUAAGAGACGAUACACUGACAAGAAGAGAAACAUCAGGGUUGACAUCAUCGUGAAAGAAAUCAAAAUAAUGGACCUGAAUCGUCUUGAAUAUAAGUUCCCCAUUUCCCAUCCUCACCCAGGCAUCACUAAAGUUCAUGGUUUCAUGGAAUUUCCAAAGGACAAAAUCUGCAGACUGUUCAUGGAAAAUGGAGGUACCACGCUGAAAGAAUUCCGCCAAGGCCAAACAAAUAAUGCUUAUCACAAAAGUGAUGAGACCAACAUUAUGCGGCAAAUCCUGGAGGUAAUGAAGCAUAUACAUGCUUUGUGUCACAUCUACUUGGAUCUGAAGCCAGCAAAUAUUUUGGUGGAAAUAGGGAUAGAUGGAGCAAUACACAUUCGCUUGUGUGAUUUUGGAGCCAUUCUACAUGACUUAUCUGGUAAAAUAAUAACAUCUCCAAAAUACCAGGCUCCAGAAUGCCAUUUCCGUGGAAUAGAUUGCUUCUCCGAUAAGACAGAUAUGUUUACCUGCGGAGGAGUCCUCUACUUCCUCAUAUCAGGCAAGGAGCCCUGGGGGUCGGUGACAACGAGAAAGGACCUAAAGGAAUACCAUCUAAAGAUGCGUAGUCGUGAAGAUGUAGAUGAGGUCCUCGGCAUAAUGUGCCCAGGUAUAACAAGUGAUGACAGUCCAUUGUACAAUCUGAUGGUCUCUAUGUUGGAUGGAAAUCCUAAAAGACGACCCUCAGCUAGACAGGCUCUUGACAUUAUGAAUGAACUGGAAAUCAACAUGGCUGCAACUGGGAGCCGGGCAACAUCAACAGUUUCCAUUCCACUGGGUCAGACUCAUCAAGGUGCUGCCCAUUGCAUGAAUGUGGCCUCUAAUGUUCUGCCUGACUUUGGUUCUAUCUCUGAUGCCUCGAGGGCAUGAUGAUACUAAAGUAUAGUUGAAUGCCCAGGCCAUGAUUCAGUGUUAUUGUGAUUGUGCUGGGCACUUAAAAAAUCAGUUCUGAAGUUCACUGGAGAAUAAGAUGGUCAGCAUGUUACUGUAUCAACAGUGCCAUGGACUAUGCACAAUCAGAAACACUGGAUAUCUCUAUUUAAAGCAACGACGAGAAGAUAUGUGAAUUCUGAUUGAUUUGGAAAUAAGAAACAAAUAGGCAAUUUAGUUCAAACAAACAUAGAAUUGAUUCUCACCAAGCAGCUACAUUGUGAUGUAAUGUUAUUAUGACAGGGGUGCAUUUAGAGUGAACAUAAUAUAGACAAACACAAACACUAAAUACAUACGUGCAUUGAGAUGAAAAUACACAAA